ACGACACAGCAAUCGCGAAUGUGUCUGUCUGUUGUCCCGGUAACCACAUUGGUAGCUCAAGUGAACCAUCAACCCCAGCUACUCUUGUACCUAAUGACGGGGAGGUAUGUGUCGACAACGACCUGUUUACGAUAUUCCGCAAACCGUCAUUGAAUUGGAAAGAUGCUGAACAGUUUUGUGACGUCAUGUACCCUGAAAAAAUAUCGAAUUUAGCAGUUGUAUCUACCAAAGUCUUACGACUUUCUCUUACCAGCUAUAUCAAAAGUUACUCCAAACUGAAUUUUGGUAGAAUAGGCAGAGGAUACUGGGUUGGAUGUAAUGAUAUAGAUGAUGAGGGUCAUUUUAUCUGGGAGGAUGGCACAGAAGUCGAUAGUCAAAAUUGGGAGAAGCGUCAACCGAAUAACAACAAUGGACAACAUUGCUGUCAAAUGUGGCAACACCCUAAAAAUAAACCACGAUUUAAGCUCGACGAUGCAACAUGCAGCAAGAAAAAGGGUUAUAUCUGUCAAAUUAAGAAUGGAUGUUCCGAAUAACGUUGAAACGAUAUAUAUGAAUUAAUUGCCAAUUAGUAGUAGUGAAACAAACACGUGACAACAUGAAGGGUCAUGUCGGUGUGAUAACUGAAAACGUUUAACACUCGAAAUCUCGCGGACGAUUAUUAUGACGUCAUCAAACCGAUCAACGUAAUGCCAUUAAUCAUGGAGUUUCGGGGUUUUGCAAUAUUUGUAAAUGAUCCAGACAAGACAAACAUU